AUGCAUGCACAAAGCUAUAUGACUAAAAGCAGAAGAAAUUAAAAAAAGAAUAGAAAUGCGAGAUUUUUGAGUAGUAGAAAAAUCAAGGUAUGGAGGUUUGCAAAGAUUGUAAGUUUUACUAUACCAUCAGUGACUAAGAAAAGAUACUGUUCACUCGUCGAAAGAAUCAAUAACCUCACUCUUGAUGACAGAAGUCUUCAUUACAAUCAAAUACAACUUUUGAAUAGUGAUCAUAGCGAUAAGGAUAUAAGCUCUACCACUACAACUACAUAGAGCAAAAAUGACUAAUUACUUAAUAAAACUAAUCAGACUAAACGGAAAAAUAAGAGAUCAACUGCUAACUAUCAAAGUCUUGAGACAAGAGCCUACAACUAUAUGAGACCACCAUCACCCAAGAGAAAAAGAAUAAAAGUUAGAUGA